AGGUGCAACACAGGACAGAAUGGCAACUCAGGAAGGAGGAGAUGACGAUCAGCUAGCGGCAAGCCCUUUGGCUGUUAGCUGGGUAGAAGAACAGUAUCAAAAAAUCAAACAGAAUGCAGAAACAUAUCCAUAUGUAUGGGGUUCCUAUAUCGUUGUGUACGGAGGAUUUGCCCUCUGGACAACCUACAGAUGGAGAAAGCUCCGCAAGACUGAGGACAGAGUUCGAGCCCUUCAAGAAAGACUCCGCAAACUAGUUGAAGCAGAAGAGUCUGCAAGUUCUGCUGCAUUGACAACAAAAAACCACCAGUUGAGGGUAAAAUAUCCGAGUAGAUUGUUUCUUGAUGCUCUAUUUAACUUAUUCUUUUACCUAGAUUUUGCUUCAAUUCCAAGUUGUUCUUUGCCGGUAAUAGACUUGAAGAAUAGUCUAAUGCUUUAUGAUUUGGAGCAGAGAAAAUCGAGUUCAAUGUUUCCUUUCUUCCUAAUCUUUUCUUUGGCUUGA